CGGGACUUAGUUGCCUGGGAACGGCCAGGGGGGCCUGCGGCGGGCUGCACGCAGCUGCGAGGUGCUUGCUGGGGCGGCGCGGGGGUCUGCGGGAACGCGACUCAGGCCCAGCAGUUCUCAGCGGAGCCGCCGGCGCCAUUGCCUCCUCGCUCGGUGAGCGCCGCUCCGCUCCGUUCGCCCAGCCGGGCCUCCGCCGGCCGCCGGCACCAUGGGCCAGUGCGGCAUCACCUCCUCCAAGACCGUGCUGGUCUUCCUCAACCUCAUCUUCUGGGGGGCGGCUGGCAUCCUCUGCUACGUGGGAGCCUAUGUCUUCAUCACUUAUGACGACUAUGACCACUUCUUUGAGGAUGUGUACACGCUCUUCCCUGCUGUGGUGAUCAUAGCUGUAGGAGCUUUGCUUUUCAUCAUUGGCCUGAUUGGCUGCUGUGCUACAAUCCGGGAGAGCCGCUGUGGACUUGCCACAUUUGUCUUCAUCCUGCUCUUGGUUUUUGUCACAGAAGUAGUUGUUGUGGUUUUGGGAUACGUGUACAGAGCAAAGGUGGAGAAUGAAGUUGAUCGCAGCAUUCAGAAAGUGUAUAAGACCUACAAUGGGACCAACUCCGAUGCUGCCAGCCGUGCUAUUGACUAUGUGCAGAGACAGUUGCACUGUUGUGGAAUUCAUAACUAUUCAGACUGGGAAAAUACAGAUUGGUUCAAAGAAACAAAAAACCAGAGUGUUCCUCUUAGCUGCUGCAGAGAGACUGCCAAAAGCUGUAAUGGCAGCCUGGCCAACCCUUCCGACCUCUAUGCUGAGGGCUGCGAGGCUCUUGUCGUGAAGAAGCUACAAGAAAUCCUGAUGCAUGUUAUCUGGGCAGCGCUGGCCUUUGCAGCUAUUCAGCUGCUGGGCAUGCUGUGCGCAUGCAUCGUAUUGUGCAGACGGAGUAGAGAUCCUGCUUAUGAGCUCCUCAUCACCGGUGGAACCUAUGCAUAGCAGACAGCACAAGCCCGAGCUAAUUUGUAGUAUCCUUGUUCUGAUUUGGAAGGUGAAUUGAGCAGGACUGCAGCAGUUGGCUCCUGAGUUCAUCUGGUCAAAGCACACGUACACUGGUGUUGGAUAGCAGGUUGGCAUUUCCUGUACCCACCUUCUUACCUGCCCAUCUAUGGCUUUCUUACCCUUGUUCUAGAUGAUUCUCCAUGCCCUUAAUCUCAGAACCAUUUACAAGUUCUGUAAUGUGACAGAGCUAAAGGAGGGUGUGGUCUGCUUCUGUCACCUCUGAAGAGUGAUGGGACUGUGUUGUGGUAUCACUGGAGCCUUUCCAUCUUUAUAACGAGAACUCUUGGCCAAAGGUUUGGGGGUAAGAGGGAGGACGCCAGCUGUCUGGUGCCACUCACCAGUGUCCUUUUAAAGAAUAUAUACUGUAGUACAAUAACAUAGCAAUUGUACAAAAUGGCUAACAUAGAUUUUAGAAUCAAACAGUAUGUGUCUUUGUUCAUCUUCAAAAUCAGAGACUGAUCUUUGAAAUUAGUAGUUUUUAAUCAAAGCUGGCUUUAUAGGAAGACUAUAAUGUAUGCACUACUGUUUUAAAGCAGUUAGUGUGAGUGUGUGCGUUUCUGUGUGAUUGAACCCAUUCAUCAUAAGUCUUACACUCGUUAGAGAUAAUGUACCCAUGGAGACUAGCAAAAUAGUAUGUAGAUGUGAUCUCAAUUGUAAAUAGAAAAAUUUAAUUCAAUAAACUCUGUAUCAGCCCUCUC